AUGCCAGCUCAUGAUGUUCAAGUUGACGUCCAGGAACUUCGACUAGACGGGCCGACCGAGGUUUGCAGAUGGCGCCUCGUUCGCAGCUUGAAAUACAAAAUAACACUCGCAAGGGUCAAUAGGAAUGUACAUCCGAGUCCGACACCAACACCAAGUCCCACUUUUGCUUGCGGUGAUAUUGCGCCGUUGUUACUCGAAUGGAUGGGUGUAUUGAGUGAUGUGGUAGAGAUUAACGAAGUCACUGAUGUGGUAAGGGCGUCGCUUGAUAUUAGUAUUGACGUCGGAGUUGUCGGUAUCGCGUUAGCUGGCGUCAAGGUCAUACUUGUUGCUGUCAAUGCCCCGUUAGAUGGUCUCGCUGUUGAGCUACCUGAUGUCGUUGUGGACGACGACGACAAUGAUGAUGACAGAGUUGUCGUUGUUGUUGUCAAAUCUUUUGCCCUUUUGGUGAUAUUGAAGUAA